CUAUUUUCCUUUUUGUUUUGCCUUCCCCCAUGGCGGAUAAUGGCACCGGCUACCAGCCGGUGGCGGAGAAGAAGGUGGAGGAGAAGAAAUUCUGGGCGGAUGAGGAGGAAACCGCUCUCUCUCCGCCGCCGACCACCACCAGCAGCGGCAGCAGUGGAGUGGAGGCCGAGACGGCUGAACUGAGGAAGAUUGAGGAGCUCACGAUAUCGGCAGAGAAGGAAGCCAGCCGACUGGAUGAUCCGGAUGGAUCGGAAAUAAAGGAGUUUCUCGAGGUUACUUGCAUGAGCUCCAGUAAAGUUAGACGCUUUGCAGCUGGAACAGAAGCUGGAUUUGCAUUGCAUUUGAUAAACCGUAAGUUGGGUAUUGGUCUUCCAGCAGCCUUGUACAUUGAAGCAGUUAAAGAAGGAGAAGAACCUGUGAGUUUUGGUCCUAAUGCAGUUCUUGUUAACUAUGGCAAAGAUUGGAAGUUGCAGACAGUUACCAAUGAAGGAUAUGAGGAAGCAACACAAAUGCAGCAGCAGACAUCCAAGUCAUUUCCUGAGAAAAUGAAAUCAUCUGACCUUCAGUCCAGGAAGAAGACUGAUAGUGAUACAAGACCAGCUAUCAAUUUUCAAUACAUUGGAAAGAUACUGGUUGCUUUUGCUUUCAUCUUUCUUCUUGGAGGUACACUUACAUUGUUGCUAGAAAAUCUUCCCACUUUAAUCUCAUUCAUAACCUAGUCUUGUAAUAAAUGAUUUAUUCAAUGUGAUAGAACCAUUUAAGAAGAUUUUUUUCGUGUAAUGUUAAAAUAAUUUAUAAAGGUAACUAUAAUCCAUUUAAUGCCCUUUUUUAAUGAAAACUUUGUCAUACUGUAAUGACCAUUUUUGGUCCUGUGUAUUGUAUAGUAGUUUAUCAAUUUUUCUCUUUUAAUUUGUGGUUCUUCCAAUUAUGUAGAACGAUAUUGGGUAACCCAUGAAACUAUGGAAUAUAAGUUUUGUUCUUUC